AUGUAUAAGACUAUAYUACUAGAAGGGAAUAUAGGGUCRGGAAAGACAACUUUUAGUAAUUAUUUAAAACAGUCUCAAAUAGCAAAUAGACUUUCAAUACAUAAUGAACCUAUAGAUAGGUGGAGAGACUUGAAUGGCCUCAACCUAUUAAAGGCCUAUUAUAAGAAACCCAAUAAGAGAGCAUUUCUAUUUGAGAGUUAUGUUACACUUACAAUGAUUGACCAUCACMGAGCAUUGCCGUGUAAUGGUACUGAUAUUAAGGUUAUGGAGCGAUCGUAUUUCUCCGCAAUUCGUGUAUUUAAACCCACACUAGUUGACCAACACCUCAUGUCUAAUUAUGAAAGCGAGGUUUUUGAUGCCAUAACUAAUGAACAGUUAUCCCAAUAUGCGGAUGCCCUGAAGUACGAUCUGGUAGUUUAUAUUGAAACACCUUUAGAUAUGAUAACAAACAAUAUAUAUUGUCGGGCACGGGAAGAGGAAAGUGGUCACAUUCGCGUCCCUUACCUCCUUGAGCUUAAUCAUUAUUAUAAUCAAUGGCUAGAAAACCUACCCGAUAGUAUUCCGGUUAUAAAGGUUAUGAAUAACUCUACUAGAAAACACUUAGAGUUUAUGACACCCACAUACGUUGAGUCCAUUGUGAAAGCACUUGACAUUUAG